ACUAUUUAACUUACAUAAGUUAAAUAACUUCUUAUUUACUUAUUAACUAACCGCCGCCGACUUUCUUCCCAAGCUCCGGCUACCCUAUUAUUUACCUCCCCUCCCUCCCGUACUCCGUAGGAAAUAGAAAACUCAACCCGAACCAACAUUUGUUAUUAAUAAUAAUAAAUAACCAACCUUGGAACAAUUCAAUCAGCCUGAGACUAUCAACUCUCAACGUCUGUCAGUCGGGGGGUCAGAUCUUCUUCCCAGUUCCCGCUUGAACCAUUCCUUGCUUUGUCUUUGGGUCUUCCUCUCCCGCCUUGAUACUCUCGGGGUUGAAGAAGCUGGUUGGAUUGAUACCCUCCUCAUAUAUAUAUAUGCCUUAUAUCCUUCUUUUGCCUCAUGAGCUCAUUUCUUCCAUUUCUCUGCCUCAAAGUUUCUGCCAUGUUGAUUUCACAGAUUGAUAUCUUGGGAGUCAGCACUAACUAUUAUUAUUCCUCAGUCAUGUCUGCUUGGUUAGACUCCAUUAUUCUUUGAUUCAUCAUUGUUGCUGUUUCCACAGCAAACGCUAGCUCUUCUCGACGUUGUGACAUUGUUACUUUUGUCCUUCCUGGCUUUCUUAAAUAUUCCAUAGAUUUUUCUUUCUCCUUUCUCCUUUCUCUACCCUUUUUUUUUUUUUUUUUUUUUUUUUAUUCCUCUUUUAUUUAUUAGGGGAUUCGAUUUUUGAUAUCCGCUAUGCGCCCGGGCUGUGAGGGUCCCGCCUGGGUCGUCGACGACCUUACGCUAUGUUUUCAACAAAAGUUUCUAAAAUUAAUAUUCCCCCUUACGGCAUGUGGUUUGUCUCUACUACUGAUAGUUACCCACAUCUUCCGGCAUAAUAUCCGUCUUCCUUGGCGCCAUCGUGGUUACAAACCCAUUCCGACCACAGUUGUUGAGCAUAAUGGUAUAAUACAAAAUGAAGACGAGGGAGAGGAUGACGAGGACGCGGAGAGCGAUUUGAUGCUGCACAAGGCCCUGAGUCGUACAACUCCCGUCAACGUUGUGGAAGACAAACCGCGAGGGAAGGACGUUGUAACGAUAUUGGAAAUUGUGGCGCUUCUCGCGGAACUCGGAGUUUCUGUCAAGAGCCUUGCUACACCUUCGGGAGCCGCAAAUGAAAUAACUCCAACAAUUGGAAGGCUACUCUCCUGGGCCUACAUCCUGCUUCUGGUGAUUGCUAGGCUGCUCCUCUCCACAUCUGAACGCCGUACAAUGCCCAAAUUAUGGAAUCACACCGCGGCACUUUAUUCGUUCCAAUGGUUAUGUACCGUCAUGGUGUUCCGAUCUGUGCUGAUCCAUCCACCCCCGGAUCACAUUCGUACUCUGACGAGCAUCGACUUCGCCCUCUCCUCCUUCCUCUUCCUCUUAACCCUCACGACCCGUAAGGGAAACAAAACCCUCCACGUUCGGCAUGAAGACGGAAUUCCCCCACCUCGAGAGCAAUUUGCAAGUCUUCUGUCCCUGGCUUCAUUCGCAUGGCUAGAUCCAUUGGUCUGGCAAGGUUAUCGCAAAUCACUGGAGAUGCCGGAUGUCUGGAAUCUGCUCCCAAGCUACCAGGCUGCUGCUGUUCUCGCGGAUUUCCGUCAGGCUAAACGGACCUCUGCUCUGGCCUGGAGGCUGCUGCGUUAUUUUGAUCGUACGCUUCUUCUUCAGGGCGCAUGGACCAUCUUCUCGGGUUUCUUUUCUUUUUUGCCAACUUGGCUGCUCAAACUCAUUUUGGAAUACCUUCAAGAUCCAGAGAUGACCCCCAAGAAUACUGUUUGGCUCUACGUCAGCCUUCUGUUUGUCUGCGCAGCCAUUCAAGGUGUUGCAGAUGGCCAGGCCCUCUGGAUCGGCCGCAAGUUGAGUGUGAAGUUGCGCGCAAUCAUCAUCGGCGAGCUCUAUGCCAAAGCCUUGCGACGUAAGGCUGGUGCAAUUUCGAAAGUCUCGAAAGAUGAGGCCAAAUCUCAAAAGCAGACGAAAAAGAAGAAGAAACUUUCAUUGGCUUGGAAUAAUAAUGAGGCGGACGCUGAUACCGAAAGCAGUGAGCAACAACAGAAGGACGAUGAACCAGACGAACAAGCCAAUAUUGGUAAAAUUAUCAACCUUAUGGCGAUUGAUUCCUUCAAAGUUAGUGAGAUCUGCGCAUACCUACACUACCUGUGGGCCAGUUUCCCUGUCCAGACCGCGAUUGCCAUCUUCAUCUUAUACAAAAUCCUGGGCUUUAGUUCUUUGGCUGGUAUUGGGGUAAUGACUCUGAUGUUGCCGCUGAAUUUGUAUAUUGCGUCGCGGUUCCGGAUCCUUCAGCACGAAAUUCUCGCUGGCACUGAUGCUCGUAUCCACUCAACAAAUGAGGUACUUCAAAACAUCCGUAUUAUCAAGUAUUUUGCAUGGGAACAACGUUUUGAGGAUAUCGUCAAUGAGAAGCGGAGGGCUGAGUUGAAGAGUCUUCGUCGACGAUAUAUCCUAUGGGCCGGUGCUGCCACCGUCUGGUACGGAGCACCAAUACUGAUCACACUGCUUUCGUUUUUCCUGUACACCGUGGUCGAAGGCAAGAAACUAGUCCCUUCAGUUGCAUUCCCUGCCUUAUCCACAUUUUCGCUCCUCCGCAUACCCCUUGACCAAUUGGCAGACAUGAUCGCGCAUGUUCAGGAAUCCAAAGCCUCCAUCGACCGCGUGGAACAGUUCUUGAACGAAGAGGACACCGAAAAAUAUUCUCAGCUGCGAUCGGACGAGCACUCGGAAUCGCCACCUAAAAUUGCUCUGGAAAAUGCCACGCUUUCGUGGGGAUCUGCGUCCACACAUGCCAAGCCGGGGUCACCACCGGUGCAGGGGGACACCUCUGGAGAAUCAUUCCGCCUGAUAAACAUGGAUGUUUCGUUCCGCGUCGGGCAACUCAACGUUAUUGCCGGACCGACAGGUUCAGGUAAAACGUCGAUGCUAAUGGCGCUUUUAGGAGAGAUGACGCUGCUUGAAGGAUCGGUGUUCCUCCCUGGUGGGACGUGUGAUCGGGCGGAUUUGCGUCCUGACCCGGCCACAGGUCUUACUGAUAGCAUCGCUUACUGUGCGCAAGAAGCGUGGCUGGUCAAUGCCACGAUCAAAGAAAAUAUCCUGUUCGCAUCGCCAUUUGAUCAAGAUCGUUAUGAUGCUGUAAUAAAAGCCUGCGGAUUGGAGAGAGAUUUGGAAAUCUUAGAUGCUGGUGACCAAACUCUAGUGGGAGAGAAAGGCAUAAGUCUUUCUGGCGGACAGAAACAACGGAUAUCCUUGGCUCGUGGCAUGUAUAGUAAGGCCCGGCAUCUGCUCCUCGACGACUGUCUAAGCGCGGUCGACUCACACACCGCCAAACACAUUUUCAGGGAGGCCAUUAUGGGCCCGUUGAUGCAACACCGCACCUGUAUCCUUGUCACGCAUAAUGUCUCGCUGGUCGCGCCCCAGGCGGCAUUCCUCGUCGUCCUUGAGAACGGUAGAGUUACAGCGCAAGGAACUCCACAGGAGGUGAUUGCUGCCGGAAUGCUUGGCGAUGAUAUCCUUCAAUCGCGACCUGCUUCCCGCUCGUCAAAGACUUUAACCCACUCUCCAUCAAGCGCUCAGGCGGAGAGAACUGAAUGGCUGGAUAAUGAGACAAGCUCUGCGGAUGAAACCGUCAGUGGAGCUGUUAAUGGAGCUGCCAAUGGAGCCGGUGUAAAGGGCAAGAAAAAAACACCAGCGGCCGGCGCCAUUCUCGGCGAAGAGAAAGUUGUAGGUAGCGUCAAGCUUUCCACAAUUUUCAUGUAUCUUCGCGCCAUGGGUCCAUGGUAUUUUUGGUUUUUCGCUGUCCUAGCCUUUGGGGCACAACAGGUUGGAUCAUUAGCCACUAAUAUCUGGAUUCGGGAAUGGGCAAAUGCGUAUCCAGUCAAGAAGGUCGCGUCCAGCGACGUCGGGCACAAAGCUGCCUUAGCUAACGUCGGACUUCCAACGUUUGCCACCGCAAGUAUUACCCGCCCCUUCUCGUGGAGAGCACCUGAGAUGCAGUACACGGACAAAGACAGCACCUUCCAAGACGAUGUAAAUCCAUACUAUUAUUUGGGUGUAUAUGCGGCACUAGCGUUCGGUUAUGUCUUAACAAUUCUUGCGAGGGAAUUGAUUCUCUUCGGGGGGUCGCUGCAUGCGUCGUGGAGGAUUCACAAGCGAUUGUUGAAAGCUAUGACCCAUGCAAAAUUUAGGUUCUUUGAUUCCACCCCGCUAGGCCGACUGAUGAAUCGAUUCUCUAAGGAUCUCCAGGCCGUCGAUCAAGAAGUGGCGGCGACUGCGAUAGGAAUGCUCCACUCUUUAGCCUCCGUCAUCCUGAUCGUUAUCCUUAUUUCUGUCAUAACCCCCAUGUUCCUGAUCGCUGCGGUUUUCAUUACUGUUAUUUACUUCACCCUGGGUGCUAUUUAUUUGAAUUCGUCGCGUGAUCUUAAGCGUCUGGAAUCUAUUCAGAGGAGCCCUCUCUAUCAGCAAUUCGGGGAGACAUUAGCUGGCAUUGUCACUAUCCGUGCCUACGGAGAUGGUGCGCGUUUCAUCCAUGAUAACCACGUCAUGAUCAAUACCUAUAACCGGCCGUACCUGUACCUGUGGGCGAGUAAUCGAUGGCUGGCGUUCCGUGUUGAUAUAACCGGUGCAUUGGUAUCGUUCUUCACCGCGGCGGUCAUUAUCAUGAGCGUUGGCAAAAUUGAUGCUGGUGCGGCCGGUUUGGCCUUGACAUAUGCGGUCACCUUCACUGAGAAUGUCCUCUGGUUAGUACGGCUAUAUGCGCAGAACCAGCAACACAUGAAUUCUGUCGAGCGAAUUGAGGAGUAUAUGGAGGUUGAGCAAGAGGCUGAAGCCGUUAUUCCUGACCGUCGUCCUCCGAACAACUGGCCAACGCACGGCGCGUUACAGUUCGAUAACUAUUCUACUCGCUACCGUCCGGAUCUCGAUCCAGUUUUGAAGAAUGUUACUUUCUCAGUGCAGCCUGGCGAACGUGUUGGGAUCGUUGGCAGAACAGGCGCUGGGAAGAGUUCGCUUGCACUCGCCCUAUUCCGCGGCCUCGAAGCGGAAAGUGGCAGAAUCCUCAUUGAUAAUGUCGACAUUGGCCUAAUUGGCUUGCAGGACCUGCGUGAAGCAAUCACCAUUGUCCCUCAAGACCCUACCCUUUUCACCGGAACAAUCCGUAGCAACCUCGAUCCCUUCGGUCUACUCACCGACGACGAAAUCUUCACGGCCCUCCGUCGCGUCCAUCUAAUUGGCGGUCCAACAUCCACCUCUGUCUCCGGCUCCAACACGCCAGUAAACCCUUCCAACCCCCUUCUGGACAACAACAGUGACUCCAGCGACCCAGAUCUCGCCUCUCGCUUCCGUGACAACAAAAAUAUAUUCUUAAACAUCAACUCCCCCAUCUCCGAAUCCGGCUCGAACCUCUCGCAGGGUCAACGCCAGCUCCUCUGCCUAGCUCGCGCCCUCCUCAAAUCGCCCAAAGUGCUCAUGAUGGACGAAGCAACCGCAUCCAUAGACUACGCCACCGAUGCCAAAAUCCAGGAUACCCUGCGUGAGCUGAAGGAUAACACUAUCAUCACCAUCGCGCAUAGGCUGCAGACCAUUAUCGACUAUGAUAAGGUGCUUGUGCUGGACCAUGGGGAGGUGGUAGAGUAUGAUGGGCCGUGGCAGCUUAUCAAUAGGAAGGGAGGCAGCUUCAGAGGCAUGUGUGAGAAUAGUGGGAAUUUUGAGGCGCUAAUGGAUGGGGCUAGGAAGGCGUGGGAGGCGAAGAGAUUGAUCGAUGAUGAGUGAGAUUGAGAGCUUUUUUGUUCCUUUUUUUUUUUUUU